AUGUGUAAAUGGGCCAAGUGCGACAAAGGGAGAAAAUCCCAGGCUUGUCUAUUUGAAGUUCCCCCACAAGGACCAGCCACUUUCCCCCCAAUUUCUGGACUUCCAAUGCUUGGAAGGCCAGAAAGAUAUUCCUGGGGCCCUUCAGGAUUCAAACUAACCAAGCCAAACACUGGGAAGAAAGCUGUGAUGAGCAAGACAAGGGAGUCUGAGCUGGUGGUCAAGGAAGACAAUGCCUCAAAUAGAGAGCCAGACUGCCCUCAAUGUCCUCUGCUGCAGAAGGAAAUAGAUGACCUGAAGGAUCAACUUGCUGUCAUGCAAUGGUCCAUCACUAAACUGUACAUCAUUUGGAGUUGA